CAACGCCAGUGUUACGCCCAUACGAUGCAGUCACUCCGCCGGACAGCAGCGACUGCUGCCCGCGCAAGCCGAACUCCGCUCUCGCGCCAAUCGCGCCGCUAUGCCCACGACGAAGCCCACGCUCAUGGCCAUGCAACGCCAGCCGUUGACGAACCCAUAGGCUAUGGUUUCUGGAUGACGAUUGGGGUUAUUCCUGCGGGCCUGGCCCUCUACAGCAUCUCGCGCAACAACGGCGACAACAGCGAGCCGUACUUUACGCGCAUGAUUGCCAGUGCGACGGCGGGAAUGCACGAGAAAUGGACGUCGCAGAACGACCUACACGUCCGGAUGAUUGAGCAAGCGGGUGAGGACCGUGUGCUGUUCUUGAACACGAAGCCCCAAGAGCACGUCGAGAUGAAGUUUCCGGAGAUCAUGAACGUCGGCUCUCCCUACAACGUGCCUGCUGGAAGCCAGGUGCAAUUGGACAAGGUGAUUGAAAAGUACAAGAAGCUCGCUUACGAGGACAACGAGCGGAAGCUGGAGAAGCUGAGAAACAACGACAUCUCGUCGGAGAAGCCGUUUGAGGGCAAGACACGGGUGAAGAAGGCGCCUGAUAUACAUGGGAAAGGUACGUCUACUACCAUGUGCAUUCGAGACAGCCUCAGCGCCGGCAGGGAUAUGCUUCCGGCGCCUUGUCGCCAACCAUACACGGCCCCUUUCCUCCCCGAACUCAACUUCAGCCGCCUCGUCCAGAGAAAUGACAUGAACGGCUCCGCCUGGACCGACGACUCUGCUCGCACUGCGACUGCGACUGCCACACCCCUACGCGCCACCUCGCCCGCCGCCAUGCCCUCGUACACGUCGCCCCGCGGCCCCUCGGGCCCGCUGGCCGUAGAUAAGGCUCCGUCGCCGUCCAUGGCCGCCGACGAGAACACGGCGUGGGCCCGCCCAAACCACCACAGCACGCCCAACUCCAAGACGUCGCAGUACAUCGACAAGAUCACACAGGAAAACGACCGCCUGCGCCGCGAGCUCCGCGCCGAGAAGCUGGCCCGCGAGGACGAGGCCAAGCGUGUGUCUGCUGCACAAACCAGGGCUGAGGACUCGCGUGCCGAGUACCAGCACCUGCAGGUCCUCGCCGACACCAAUGCACGGGCGAUAGAGCGCAAAGACCGGAAGCUCGAGGAGCUCAAGGCCACGCUAGACACGGAGAUCCGCCGGAGGAAGAUGGCGGAGCAGAGAGCCGAGGAAGCCCUCAAGAUGCUGGGCGACACGCGCUCCGAGACGCAGCGCCAGCUGGCCCAGGCCUACGAGAUGAAGGGCCUGGCAGACACCAACCUCGAGACGGCGCGCGACGGCUUCAAGCGCAUCACCGACGGCUACGAGAACAAGGUCCGCCAGAUCAACCAGGAGCUGAACGAGCUGCGCAAAAAGCGCCUCGAGGAUGCCGACAAGAUCAAGCGACAGGCCAUCAUCAGCGACCAAUUGCAACAUGAGUCGUCGCGCUCGACGCGCACCGAGGCCAAGCUGAUCAACCUCAUGGAGGCCUACAAGCAGGAGCACCGCAAGGAAAUGGACAGCCUCAUCCAAGAGGCCGAGCGACUGCGGCGCGCUCUGCCCGAAAAGGAGCGCGAGGCCGAGAAGCUGGUCGAGGCCAUGAAGGAGACCCGUGAUAAGAUGCGGUGGGUCAUGACACAGCACGAGCGCCAGACAGGGAGCCGGACCUAAGAGACGCUUUGCCCUUGCACUCACUUAUCCUCGCCUCGUGCGCCCGCCCUGCACACAGGCCAAGACGUGUUCCCCACACUACGACCAUAAUGACCAAAGCUUGUUUUCUGGCUUAAAACGCAUCUGUAAAAUAUCUGGGGUAAAGGGCGUUGGAGUUUGGCACGCAUCAGCACAUUGCACACACACACACACACACACACUACGCUAGGAUUCGGGGGGGAGAGGGGCGCAUUCUUGACCGAGUAUGCGCGGCACGGCCACCAUGCGCUUUGAGCGUCCACUGGAUGUUUUUAUUUGUCAUCUGCGUGUUGUCGAGCAUAGGCCAUGUGAUGCUGGAUACCUUUAUCAAUUUUAUAUUUU